UCAUUAUUAACGCCCACUCACCACCAUCUUAAAACGUGUCUCUCUGUCUGUCUGUCCAUUUGCAGAGAAGCCAUGGCCGUUUCUCCCUUUCCAAACCCCCCAAAACCCCCAUUUUUUUCUUGAAAUUCUCACUUCUCUUACCAAAACCCUAAUUCACAUCCAAAGAAUUUUCUGUCUCAUUCUUACUCUCAGAAUUAUGUUCUGGAUACAUGUUUUUCUUCUGGUAUAAAUAUUAAUUUUGGCCAUAAAAAUGGCGGUUGUGACUGGAGAUCGUUACCUCGAAUCUCUGGUGAAGUUCGUGGAGAAGCAAGCGGGUGCCUUGAUAGAAGGAACCCUUGUUCUGAAGCUGAACCCCGUCGGACUCCACUACGUGCAAUCUAGACUUGAAGCGCUCAACGAGCUCGAGGGACUCCUCGCCGGAGCUCCGGUUGAUUAUCUCCGUGCUUACGUCUCCGACCUCGGCGACCACCGCGCGCUCGAGCAGCUCCGGAGGAUUCUGCGGCUCCUCACCUCUCUGAAGGUCGUGUCGGUGUUGCCGACACCGGCCAGAGACCCAACGCGGCUAUCUUUGUUGCCGUUUGGGCGGUUGAAGGUUCUGGAGCUUCGUGGAUGUGAUCUUUCAACUUCGGCUGCCCGAGGGCUUCUUGAAUUGAGACAUACUUUGGAGAAGCUCAUCUGUCACAAUUCAACUGAUGCACUACGUCAUGUAUUUGCAAGCAGAAUUGCUGAGAUUAAAGACUCCCCACAGUGGAACCGGUUGUCAUUUGUUUCGUGCGCUUGUAAUGGAUUGGUUCUCAUGGAUGAGUCUUUGCAACUUCUCCCUGUGGUUGAAACCCUUGAUUUAAGUAGAAACAAGUUUGCAAAGGUGGAUAAUCUCCGGAAGUGUACAAGAUUGAAGCACCUGGACCUUGGGUUCAAUCACCUGAGCACGAUUGCAUCAUUUAGCAAGGUAUCCUGUCAAAUUGGUAGACUUGUUUUGAGGAACAAUGCUCUAACUACAUUGCGUGGGAUUGAGAAUCUGAAAUCACUAGAAGGCCUUGAUCUUUCCUACAAUGUUAUUUCCAAUUUUUCAGAGCUAGAGACCCUUUCAGGCCUUCCAUCUUUACAAAAUCUGUGGUUGGAAGGGAAUCCAUUAUGUUGUGCACGAUGGUACAGGGCACAAGCAUUCAGCUUUUUCCUUGAUCCAGACAAAUUGACAUUAGAUGAGAAGAAAAUUUGUACCAGAGAGUUUUGGAAGAGGCAAAUUAUUAUUGCAAGCAGGCAGAAACGGCCUGCUAGCUAUGGAUUUUAUUCUCCAGCGAAAAGUGGUACUGAAUUGGAGGGAUCUAUAAACACAGAAAGGAAGAAGCAUUCUCGUCUUGCUUGUAUAGAAAGUGAAGAGCAGACUCUGUACAUAGGCUCAGACCAAGAGUCAGUGUCAUGUGAGAACGAGACUCAAAGCAAAGAGGAUAAUGUAAUUUCAGAUGGGGAAGCUGAAAUUGUUGGUUUGAUGAACAGGAUCGAAUUCAUGAAAAAGGAACGUUCUGCUCUAUGGUUGCGGGAGUUCAAGGACUGGUUGAAUCAGGAUUCUGAAAAUUUUACAGACAGUACUAAAUAUAAUGUGACUAUAUUAAAUCCUAAUAAAGAACAUGAUUUGUUACAAAAGACAAAACAUAGGCAUCUUGGUGAGAGCUCAAGAUAUGUUUCUGAAUCUUUUCAAGCUUCAGGAGAUGAGAGUACUACAAACAUUUUAGAAUCUGACAGCUCCUUUGCAGAUGUUUCGAGUGGUUUCAACGUGCAUCAAUACUUUGGCCAAAUUAGUGAAGCAGCAUCUAAAUUCUCCUUGGGGCAUAACAGUGGGAAUUCUGUGCCUGGCGUUGGAAGAAUGGAUAUAAAGCAGGAGCAAAUGAAAUCUUAUUCUAAUGAUGGUUGUUUAUCUGUGAGAGCUGGAAACUCUCAUCCUGAUGCCUUGGCAGUCACAGAAGGUGAAAGGAUGGAUGCAAAAAUCAGCACUGCUACUACUAAUACCAUUGAUGAUAUUUUCGAGUCGCGUGCACCAUCUGUCUCCCCAGUAUCACCUCCUCAUUAUCAAGAGGACAUUCUGCAUCGUCGUCACAACUUAGAAGAAGAAUUUUUGCAACUGUCUGCAGAGUCCUAUUCAGUGGCAUCAUCUGAUAGUAAUACGAGUUGUGGUGAAGAUGAUUUAACUGAAUUUGGGCCCUUCAGUCCCGUAGGUGAUCAGUCAUUGAUUGAGGAGUUCUCAGAGAGGGGUGGUCAUCCAUCUAUUUGUCAUCCUGAGGAUAGGUAUUAUGACAAGGGUAAUGAGGUAUCUCAGUUAACACAAAAUGGUGUAUAUUUGUUAGAUUCAUAUGCUAAACUAGCCCCUGGUGUCCUGAAACUGACAGAACCAGACCACAUUUCCAAAUUGUGGAAAAAUAAUUUUCCUAGUUGUGAGCAUGAUGAUGGAAUUGCACAUUGUGGGAACCAAGAGGGUGAAUGGUUGGAGAAGAAAAUUUGCAAAAGAAAGCCCAAAAGAAGACUGCUUUUCCUGUCAAAGCUCAAUAAUAAUACUGAUGGUAAGAUGGAACCAUCACUAAAGUUAAAUGGAGAUUUGGAUGUUUGUAUAGACAGCAUGGAAUAUGAACGACGAAGACAAAUUCUUUGUGGCAGUGUUCAGCAGUCAAUUGAUAAGAAGCAGAUAUGGGAUAUUGCAAUUACAACCUCACUUGCCAAUGAUGGUGUUAGAAUCCUUUCUGGGUUACAAUCCUCAUCUGUGAGGGCAGAAGAUUUCAUUGAGAAUUAUUUCAAUUCCAAUGUUGCAGAUUUAGGAGUUCAUGAAACUUGUAGGAAGUAUAUGCGCUGCAAUUGCAUAAUUGAGCUGAAGUCUGGAUAUGAAGAAACAGAAGUAGCUGUAUUGCUGAGCAGUGAACGCAAGUUGUAUGUGCUAGUCAUUGAUGUCGCAAAUGAUGGGUCAGGAACUAGCUUAAGACAAAUGGGUUGCCACAAAAUUGAAGAUGUUGAGGUUUUAGUCAGUUUGGGACUUCAGCUUUUGAGGGUUUACAUUGAAAGGUGUGCAUCAUAUCUGUUUGCUACCAGAAGUAUUGAGAAGUCAAGGCAAUUACUAUGUAUAUUGUAUUCUUUGGAUUCAAAUAUGAGAAAGCAAAGCUGUUCUAUGAAAAGUUUGGAGCAGGUUCAGGUUGAAUCAUUUGAAAAACAUAUAUGUGGAGGUUCAAAAAUGAACAUGUUUCAAUAUUCAAUGGUUCAUUUUUCGCACAACAAUAUGAAAGAUGAUUUGUGGUUUUCAAGAUCACUUUUUGUGCUUGAAGAGCAUCUGCUUUUGUGCAUUGAAGACUUGAUGCAGUUUGGCUUUCUUUCAGAAGACACGUGUGCUUCUCCAUAUUACUCACUUGAUUCUUGUUGCUCUAUCAUUGAUAUAUCUGAGAUGGUCAUCGACACGAGGGAGAGUUGGUGCUUAACCCUGGCUCUUGAACGUGCAACUUCGGUGUUUUUUACUUCACAGGAAUUGAUGAUUGAGGAAGCUGCAGCCCUAACAAAGAAAAAACCUCCUCCGGGCUCUCUGAUAUGGAAGCUCAAGUGGUUCUCUGAAAACGGUCUAUUCAACUUCGUAGCAUUAUUGAAAGCAAUCCAUGCAGGAGUGGCCGAUUCAUCUUCUCCAUUAAUUGUAAGAUGUGCAUCAUGAAAAGCAGUCGGUUUUUUUUGUUUUCCUUAUUAAUGUUUUUUGUUUGUUUCUAUUCAGUUCAUUCUUUUUGAUCUGGGCUUGAUUUAGUUUUUAUUAUUCAGUUUUCCACCUACUUUAGUGAGGUGAGUAAAGUAGAUUUUUUUUUUUUUUUUUAAUAAGGUUGUGCUUUGCUCUUUUAUCAUCUUCCUGUGUCAUAUACGAAGUGUACAGUAUAGAACAUACAAUGAUAGGGUGAAUAUUAUUUGCAUUUGGUCUCUGUUUUUAUUCAAUAAUUUUCGAGGGGAUAUGGAUGUCUCGAUACUUGUCAGUA